UUUCGUCAGAGCUCGUGGAUCUUUGUGUGUGUGGAAGAAGGAGAGAGGAGCUGUUAUAACGGUGUAGCUACAACAACCCGGUAAAACAUGGACAUCACCGAACCCACAGCCGAGACCGCCGGCCAGCUGGUGAAGGAUGAGCUGGCAGAGAAGUGCCAGAAACUGUUCCAGGCCUUUCUGGAGGAGUUUCACAACAGUGAUGGAGAGCUGAAGUACCUGCGCGAUGCAGAGGAGCUGAUCCGGCCUGAGCGAAACACCCUGCUGGUCAGUUUCACUGAUGUGGAGGGCUUUAACCAGGAACUGGCAACAACCAUUCAAGAGGAGUUCUACAGAAUAUAUCCCUACCUGUGUCGGGCAGUACGCAACUUUGCCAGGGAUCGUGGAAAUGUUCCUGCUUCCAAAGAGUUCUAUGUGGCCAUUCAGGAUCUCCCAACCAGGCACAAGAUCCGAGAGCUGACCACACUGCGUAUCGGCUCGUUGGUGCGUAUUAGUGGUCAGGUGGUGCGUACUCACCCUGUUCACCCGGAGCUGGUGAGCGGUACCUUCCUCUGCCUGGACUGCCAGAGCGCCAUCAAGGACGUGGAGCAGCAGUUUAAAUACACCCAGCCGAGCAUCUGCCGCAACCCCGUCUGCAACAACCGCAGACGCUUUCUGCUCGACACCAACAAGUCCAAGUUCAUCGACUUCCAGAAGGUGCGUAUCCAAGAGACACAGGCCGAGUUGCCCCGGGGCUCCAUCCCUCGGAGCAUGGAGAUCAUCCUGCGUGCGGAGGCGGUAGAGUCGGCUCAGGCCGGGGACAAAUGCGACUUCAUUGGCUGCCUCAUCGUCGUGCCUGAUGUGUCCCAGCUUGCAACCUCUGGGGUGCGAGCAGAGACUAGUUCUCGCACAGCUGGAACCCAGGGCUACGAGAACGAAGGGGUUCGUGGACUCAAAGCGCUUGGAGUUCGAGAGCUGACAUACAAACUGGCAUUCCUGGCUUCCCACGUGGCUCCUACCAACCCCAGGUUUGGUGGGAAGGAGAUCCGUGACGAGGAGCAGACGGCUGAGAGCAUCAAGAACCAGAUGACUGUGAAGGAAUGGGAGAAGGUGUUUGAGAUGAGCCAAGACAAAAACCUCUACCACAACCUGUGCACCAGCCUUUUCCCCACCAUCCACGGCAAUGACGAGGUGAAGAGGGGUAUCCUGCUCAUGCUGUUUGGAGGUGUUCCUAAAACCACUAUGGAGGGCACGUCUCUCAGAGGCGACAUCAACGUCUGCAUCGUGGGAGACCCCAGCACAGCCAAGAGCCAGUUCCUUAAGCAUGUGGAAGAGUUCAGCCCGCGUGCCGUCUACACCAGCGGAAAGGCUUCCAGUGCGGCUGGUCUCACCGCCGCUGUGGUGAGAGACGAGGAGUCACAUGAGUUUGUCAUUGAGGCUGGAGCUCUGAUGCUGGCUGACAAUGGAGUGUGUUGCAUUGAUGAAUUUGAUAAGAUGGAAACGAGAGAUCAGGUGGCCAUCCACGAAGCCAUGGAGCAGCAGACCAUCUCCAUCACCAAAGCAGGAGUAAAGGCUACACUGAACGCCCGCACCUCCAUCCUGGCUGCAGCGAACCCUGUCGGUGGCCGUUAUGACCGCUCCAAAUCACUCAAGCAGAACGUCAACCUGACAGCACCCAUCAUGUCACGUUUUGACCUCUUCUUCAUCCUGGUGGACGACAGUAAUGAGGUGACUGACUAUGCCAUAGCCAGGCGCAUAGUGGACCUGCACUCUAGGAUUGAGAACUCUAUUGAUCGAAUGUACACUCUGGACGAGAUUCGCCGGUAUCUGCUGUUCGCUCGCCAGUUCAAGCCGAAGAUAUCUAAGGAGUCAGAGGACUUCAUAGUGGAGCAGUAUAAGCGCCUGAGGCAGAGAGACGGCUCUGGCGUAACUAAAUCAGCAUGGAGGAUCACAGUGCGGCAGUUGGAGAGCAUGAUACGCCUCUCUGAAAGUAUGGCCAGGAUGCACUGCUGCGAUGAGGUGCAGCCCAAGCAUGUCAAAGAGGCUUUCAGACUCCUCAACAAGUCCAUCAUUCGGGUGGAGACGCCUGAUAUCAACCUGGACCAGGAGGAACAAGAGGCUAUGGAGGAAGAUGAAGACAACCAGUUGAAUGGUCACGAUGUACCCAACGGUCAAGCAGAUGGGCAAGUAAAUGGACACGUGAAAGGACAUGUGAACGGACACGCGAACGGCCAUGAUCACACACACGGUGUCAACGGAGAAAGCCACAGUGGCAAGUCAUCGAUGCGCCUGUCCUUUGCUGAGUACAAGCGCAUCUCUAACCUCGUAGUGCUGCACCUGCGACGUGCUGAGGAAGAGGAAGAGGAGGAGGCCCUGAAGAAGAGUGCGGUGGUGAACUGGUAUCUAAAGGAGAUUGAGUCUGAAAUUGAUUCAGAGUUGGAGCUCAUCAGUAAGAAGGCCAUGAUCGAGAAGGUCCUCCACAGGCUGGUGCAUUACGACUAUAUUCUAAUCGAAUUGUCCCAGACCGGUUUGAAGGGCUCUGCUGAGUCCAGUGGAACUGAAAGCCAGGAAGAAGACGUUACUCUGGUGGUCAAUCCCAACUACACGCUCGAGGACUAAAUCUGAGCCAUGUCGUUUGUAUUGGUGUUUAAAGUUAAAACAACCCUGUUUUACUCGGUUCUUAAGAGGUAGUGAAUGAGGAUCUGGUUCAGGACGCUUCCUGUUUGGGACGCUUCUUCUGAUUCUGAUUGUUGUAAGAUAAAAUGUGAUGUGCACAUUAGAGCUGAACUGCUGGCUGGACGCUCACUGUUUAAGUGGCAUCUGUAUGGGCUUUUGGAAAACACACGCUUGAAACUAAGGAUCUGUGCCUAACUAUUGAUUUUGUAAAUAUGUUUUAAGGAUUUUGCUGUUUUUAGAAUGUUACAGACAUUUUUGUAAUGUUUCCUUUCUUUUUUAUCAACAUGUUAAUAACAAAAGCUCUCAAAGAAGUGAUUUUUUGUCUUUCGUUUGAAAUACAAGAAUCAUGAAAAUUAAAAAAGAACUGUCUGUUG